AUGGCCGGCCUUUGUAGGCCACUGCAAAUCAUAUUGCUCGUAGCUCUUUUGGGGGGGGCACGUGCCCAGUCGCUGCUCUGGCAGACCCGCACCCCCCUGCUGGACAGUUUCACAGCCGCCCCAGUGGCGGGCCCAGAUGGGCAGGUAUAUGUUUGCAGCGGUCGGUCGCUACUGGCCUUUGACACGGAUGGGCGCCUGGAGUGGAACGCAGCCCUUCCAGGGGGGUCUCAGUGUCAAACCCUGGUGGCGCCCUUCCCGGACAGCCGAGGAAACGUCUACGUGGCAGCCGGGGCGAGCUUGCUGCAAGUAAGUGCGACCGGGAGAAGUACUCCGACCGUGACCACCGUCUUUACAGUGCCCAACGCCGGGCAAAGAGGAGUCGGGGUAUUGGGCGUCACCCCGAGUGCGGACGGUUCGGUUCUGUACAUAAACGGGGCGACGCAGGGGCUGUUUGCGAUCAGAUUGGACGGCACCCCGGUCUGGAAGAAUGCAACCGGCAGCGCGCUGCCGUUUACUGUGGCCGCGGACGGGCGGGCUGACGUCACCUGCGGAAGCGCCGACAACCCGUGCUACUUUUACAGCUCGCCGAGCGUCGACGUGUGCACGGGAGACCUUUACAUUGCCAACUCCGACGGCUACCUCUACAGCCUCUCGCUCGCCGCGGCCGCGCUCCGCUGGCGCGUGCGCCUCCCGCUCGCGAGCGCCACCCAAGUCGGGGUGACCGUUUCGGGGGGGACGGUUUACGCGGCCGCGGCGACCCCCGGGCGCAUCAUGGCCUUCUCGACAAACGGGGGUGCUGCCUGGACUCAGACCGGGGGGUAUGCCUUUGGCUCCCUGGACUAUAGGAGCCCCGCCCCGAUUGUGGGGCCAGGAGGUACCGUUCUCGUCGGCUCUUCGGACGGUAGUGUGUACGUGGUCGACGCGUCCGGUUCUUCCGUUUCCGCCUACUCCUCUGUGCCUGGCGGAACCAACCAGGCCGGAACUAUAACCUCGCCUCCCGUCUUGGACUGCUCGGGGAGCGCGGUCUGGGUGGCUUGGGCGGCGAUCAACGGCGCUGCGGUGACCGUUGCCGCCAUCGACGGCUCUGGCGCGGUGAAAGUUGCGCUCCAGUACAACGCAUCAGCAGCCGCACGGCCGACCGCCUUCGCUCCCAGCGGUUCCCGCCUCUAUAGCGUCGACGCGGGCACCCUCCAGGCAUUUGACGUUCUGGCGGGCGGGGCCGCGCAGGGCGGCAGCGCAGCCGCGCGCGCGGCGUGCGCGCUCAACGCGAGGCAGCGGCUGAGCGCGGGGUGCCCGCAAAACCUGGCGGCAGGGGGGGCGGGCAGCCGGGCGGGGGACAUGACCGUCAAGUCUGCGGGCGGCGGCCCUCCCAAGCUUCUCCCGCUUUACAUCGUCGCCCCGGUGGCCGUGUUUUUGGUGGUCGUUCUAGCCGUUGCGUAUUUCCUGUGGGAGCGGCAGCAGCGGCGGCUCGUGGAGGCGCAGAAGGAGGAGCGCCGCAAGAACAAGCGGCUGCACCAGCAGGGCGAGUUCGCCAUGAAGAAAGUGGCGUGCGAGGAGGCGCUGUCUCAGCUGAAGUACGACCUGCAAACCAGCGAUCCGUCCGCCCGAGACGACCUGAUCCGCCGGAAAAUCAGCCUGGAGGACUCCCUGCGGACUCUGGUCGACCUCAUGCAAGACGAGGCGCGCGAGCGCGCGAGCAGCUCCCUCGGGGGAUAUCCCCGGGCGGGGAGCCAGAUUCUGCCCAUGAUUGCGGAGGGAACCGGGGAAGAGACGCUGACUGCUCUGCCCAACGAGUCGCUUCAGGGGCCAAGAUUAGAUUUCCGGUGA